AUGCGCGCUGCGGUUGCAAGCGCGUCGGUCCUGCUCGCGGCUCAGGCCGUGAGCGCUGCGGACGUCGACCCGGCCGCACUCGACGCUUGCCCUGGUUACAACGCGACUGACGUCUCGACUACGGACAGUGGUCUGACUGCGACGCUCUCCCUCGCGGGACCUGCAUGCAACGUCUUCGGAAACGACAUUGAGACACUUCAGCUGAACGUGACCUAUGAAACUGACACGCGUAUCCAUGUCAAGAUCACCGACGCGAACAACGUGCGGUACGAAGUACCGGACUCUGUACUUCCGCGCCCGUCCGCGAACGAAACCGUCGACCCCUCCUCGGCGCAGAUCCAGUUCAACUACACCGCGUCGCCCUUCUCCUUCACCAUCCUCCGCUCAUCAACGUCCGAAGUUCUCUUCACGACCGCCGAGCACCCUCUCAUCUUUGAGCCGCAGUAUCUGAGGCUCAAGACGACGCUCCCGCCCGAUGCGAACAUCUACGGUCUCGGCGAGCACACUAACUCCUUCCGCCUCGACCCGACGAACACCACUCUCACCCUCUGGAGUCGCGAUGCGUACGGCGUGGCGAAUGGCACGAACCUGUACGGUAACCACCCCGUCUACUUCGAGCACCGUCCCGGAAGCGGCACGCACGGAGCGUUCUUGCUCAACUCGAACGGCAUGGACGUCAAGAUCCUUCAGGAGGGCGACAACACUACACUCGAGUAUAACGUCAUCGGUGGUCUCUUCGACUUUUACUUCCUUGCUGGUAGCGAGACCAGCCCCGUCGAGGUUGCGAAGCAGUACGCCGAGGUCGUCGGUACACCGGCGGAGGUACCCUACUGGUCUUUCGGUUUUCACCAGUGCCGUUUCGGCUAUCAAAACUACAUCGACGUGGCGGACGUGAUCACGAACUACUCUGCGGCGGAGAUCCCUCUUGAGACCAUGUGGACCGACAUCGACUACAUGGACAGGCGCAGGAUCUUCACUGUUGACCCGGAGUACUUCCCCAUGGACCGUGUUCGCGAGAUCGUUGACUACCUGCACUCCAACGACCAAAAGUACAUUGUCAUGACGGACCCUGCUGUCGCCUAUACCCCCGACGAGGACUACGCCCCAUACCACCGCGGUACCGACAUGGACGUGUGGAUCAAAGCGCCCAACGGAAGCGCCAGCCUCGGUCUUGUUUGGCCCGGUGUGACCGUCUACCCUGAUUGGUUCCACCCUAACAUCUCCGAGUACUGGAACAAUGAGUUCGCAUUGUUCUACAGCCCUGACGCUGGUAUUGAUAUCGAUGGUGUCUGGAUCGACAUGAACGAGCCUGCAAGCUUCUGUGUCUUUCCCUGCGACGACCCCUUCGGACAAGCCGUCAUCCAGGACCUCCCUCCCGCGCGCACUUCCUCUCCGCCGGCACCUGACGCGCCACUCUUCAAUGGCGCCGUGAGCGCGCUCAAGAAGCGUGAUGCAGUUCCGAACCAUGAUGGCGAGAACCUCUUGAUCCCUCAAUACGCCAUCAACGAUGCCGCCGGCAACAUUUCCAGCAACACUGCCUACACCGACGCUUCGCACUACAACGGCCUAUUGGAGUACGACACUCACAACAUCUUCGGCACAAUGAUGUCCGUCGCCACCCACGACGCCAUGCUCGCCCGGCGCCCCGGCCUGCGCACCCUCGUCAUAACGCGCUCGACCUUCGCCGGCGCGGGCCGCAAAGUCGGCAAAUGGCUGGGCGACAACCUGUCCGACUGGGUGCACUACACCAACUCCAUCCAGGGCAUCCUCAGCAUGGCGGCGGUGUACCAGGUGCCGAUGGUCGGCGCGGAUAUCUGUGGGUUCGGGGCGAAUACGACGGAGACGCUUUGUGCGCGGUGGGCGAUGCUGGGCGCUUUCUAUCCGUUUAUGCGUAAUCACAACGGCGACACGUCGAUCUCGCAGGAGUUUUACAGGUGGGAAACAGUCGCCACAGCCGCGCGCAACGCGCUCAACAUCCGCUACCGCCUCAUGGACUACAUCUACACCGCCUUCCACACCCAAUCUCUCUCCGGCACGCCCGUCCUCUCGCCCCUCUUCUUCCACUACCCCAACGACACCUCCACCCCCUCCAUCGACCUCCAAUUCUUCUACGGCCCUUCGAUCCUCGUGUCCCCCGUAACGGACGAAAACUCGACCUCCGUCUCCGCGUACCUGCCCGCGGGCCGCUUCUACGACUUCAUGACCGGCGCCGCGAUCGAUAGCACGGGCCAGACACUCGAGCUGGACGACGUGGACUAUACGCAGAUCCCGCUGCACAUCCGGGGCGGCGCUGUGAUUCCGCUCCGCGCGAACGGAACGAUGACGACGACGGAGUUGAGGAAGACGGACUUUGAGCUGCUCGUUGCGCCCGAUGCGGACGGCACUGCGACUGGAUCGUUGUACGUGGACGACGGCGUGAGCGUCGAGCAGAACGCUACGACCGAGCUCACUUUCUCCUAUGCGAACGGCACGCUCAACGUUAACGGGACUUUCGGGUAUGAUCUGGGCGUCAACGUCGCGCGCGUGCUGGUGCUCGAUGUGCAGAGCGCGCCGGCCGGCGCGCUCGUGGCGGGGGAGAAGGCGGAUUUCUCCUUUGACAACAGCUCGCAGUCCGUAUCUAUUAGCGUGGGGUUGCCGUUUGAUAAGUCUUUCGAGGUGCAGCUUCAGUCAUAG